CAACUAGGUUCAAACCUGAUAAAAAUAAAAGUCCCCGCAACUAAUCUGCAAACAAUAGCCAGCUAAAGUUUACUGAUAUUGAAGAAGAAGCAAGACUAUGCAGAGAACUUCACUCCUUUGCUCUUCUAAUCCAAUUUCUGUAUCGCCACUUUCUCAUUAUUUUCCACCUCAGCUUCGACUUCGAACCCAUUUCUCUCUUUCCUUCCCGGCUUCCUUGCGUCUCCAAAAUCACCGACGUAUCGUCUCUCCUCUGCACGCCGCUGCUACUGAAGAGAUUAUUGAGACCGGUAACGGUGAAUCAGAAUUUGUUGAGGUUGGGUACUUGUCCGGUGUUCAUGGGCUUCAAGGGGAGAUUUGUGUAAAACCCAGCACCGACUUCCCUGAAUUGCGAUUCUCCAAGCCUGGAAGAAGGUGGUUGAGGCAAGAAGUUUUGGGAAGGGAGACAAUUCAAGAAGUGGAGCUAAUUAAGGGAAGAGAACACCCGGGACGAAAGAGUUGGAUACUUCUGUUUGAAGGGAUUGACACAGUGGAGCAGGCUAAGCCGCUUGUUGGUUCAACUUUACUUGUAAGGGAAGGAGAUAGGCCGGAGUUGGAAGAGGAUGAAUUUUAUACUCGUGAUCUUGUUGGCAUGAAAGUUUUUAUGAAAGAAACUGGGGAACUUGUGGGGACGGUUGUUAAUGUUUUCAACAGUGGAGCCAAUGAUCUUUUACAUGUCAUGACUCAUUCUUCUGUAAAUCUGCUUAAUGGAAGUGGGAAGGCAAGGCCACCAGAAACUGGAUCAUCAGGUCACCUUGUGUGGAUACCAUUUGUUGAAGAAAUUGUUCCAAAUGUUAACAUGAAUAGGAGAGAAAUGCAUAUUACACCUCCAAAGGGUCUUCUUGAGUUAAACGUACGCGUUGAUGAGAUGUCCAAGAAAGAAAGGCGCCAACUUGAAUGGAAAGAAAGGAAAAAGUUUCAGAGACACUUGAUAGCUGCAAAAAAGAAACUCUGUGAGAUGGAGCAACAACAUGUGUUCCAUGGGUUUAGAUUUGGGGAGAAGUCCCAUACAAGAUUACUUGCAGAGCAAAUUGUUGGUGUCAAUUCGAAAUUGCUGCAACAGGCUUUGCAAUAUAUUGAGAAACCUUCAAAGAGAUGGAAUGUAACUGAGGUAAUCAGUGCUACUAGAACAAAUGCAAUUAGAAGUACUCUGAAGGUAUCAGAAUGUUGCAUUACUCCUUGUGCAAGCAAAGAGAAAGUGGGUGCCCAUUUCAAUUUGCUGGAGAAGGGACGCAAUCUUGUUUCUGAAGGCAAAAUUGCUAUGGUUUUAGUUGUAAAUGACAGUGAGAGACAGGGAAGUGAUCCUUUUUCUGUUGACUCUGAGAGCAAUGAGAAUAAGACUUCAUCCCUUGUUCAAACAAUACUUUGUGAUGAUCAGAGACUCGUAAAGUUGCAGAUGGAAGAUCGUCAAUCUGUGUCACUGGUUUUGAUUUGUCCAGCCCAUGAAAUCAAAACGCUGGAAAAGAUUUUCUUGGAUAAUGAUUACUUUUCUUUUGACUCCGAAAAGGUCUGGUUUUUGGAAGAAGAGAAGCUGCCAGUUGUUAGCAAUUCUAAUGAAGAACAUAACAAACAGAAAAUUUUGAUGAAAUCACCUUGGGAAAUACUUCAAUCACCAGUUGGCUCUGGAGGAGUUGUUAGCUCACUUUCAUCGAACAACAACAUUGUGGAGAAUCUUAAUGAACUUGGUGUGGAGUAUAUUGAGAUAUGCAGCGCCAGUGGAAGAUAUGUUGGUGGGAGUUCAAUGUUUCUUGGGUUUGUUAAUUCAUGCAAAGCAGAUAUUGGCAUCCAAAUUUCUGAAUAUUCCAAGCUUGCCGAUGACAGUUUUCACUUGAUAUUCUCAAUGAACUUUCUGAGGAAAUUAAUGAAACAGACCUCUAAACUUCAGUUCCAAGCCAUGCCGGAAACAAAUUCUCAUGUUGAGAAGGUUGAUAAGGAGUGGAUUGAUAUCGUUCCCUCAUCUCCGAACUCAUACGAAUUUCGUAGUUCAAUCUACAGUUGCUUAAAUUCCUUCUCUCUUGAUAAAGUUUGUGUAAUGGAGAUCACAGAAUAAAUAUAGCAAAAACAGUGAUCAAUGUUAGUGUAUACAAAUUUUGUUUUGUUUUUUGUUCUUUGCCAUACCCGAAAUAUAUUAUUUCUUAUUAUGAUUUGUGAGUUUUGGUAA